UAUCACAACCUCUCCGACCCCAAGUAAAACAAACUGUGAAAGAAGACAGCUUUUGAUUGUUUUGUUCCUCUGCUACUUCCUUUCUGCUAUCUCUUUGAUUCUGUGAUGAUGACUGCGUCCCUUGAAGAGCUUGAUGACGAUACGGUGCGCAGCAUGUCCAUAGGAGCGGUUUUCUCCGACUUUGGUGGGAAGAUAUAUUCGCUUGAUUUCCAUCGUAAGGAUGAUUUACUUGUCACAGCUAGUGAGGAUGACUCGGUGCGGCUCUAUGACAUUGCUAAUGCUAAGUUGUUGAAAACCACUUAUCAUAAGAAACAUGGGACUGAUCGUAUAUGUUUUACUCAUCACCCAAGCUCUGUUAUAUGUUCUUCAAGGUACAAUUUGGAGUCUAGUGGAGAAUCAUUGCGGUAUUUAUCGAUGUAUGAUAACCGCUACCUACGGUAUUUCAAAGGGCAUAAACAGAGAGUUGUUUCUCUCUGCAUGUCUCCGAUCAAUGAUAGCUUCAUGUCUGGUUCUUUAGACCACAGUGUCAGGAUAUGGGAUCUUCGUGUAAAUGCUUGCCAGGGAAUCUUACGUCUACGCGGUAGACCUGCUGUUGCUUAUGACCAACAAGGCUUGGUAUUUGCUGUAGCAAUGGAAGGCGGAGCUAUUAAAUUGUUUGAUUCACGUUCUUAUGACAAGGGUCCCUUUGACACCUUUCUAGUUGGUGGUGACACAGCUGAGGUUUGUGAUAUCAAAUUCAGCAAUGAUGGAAAAUCAAUGCUUCUGACUACUACUAAUAACAAUAUUUAUGUUCUUGAUGCAUAUGCAGGGGAGAAGCGCUAUGGGUUUAGUUUGGAACCAUCUCCUGGUACCACUAUAGAGGCUACAUUUACCCCAGACGGGAAGUAUGUGGUAGCAGGCUCAGGAAGCGGAACCAUGCAUGCUUGGAGUGUUGAGAUGAAAAAUGAGGUGGCAUGUUGGAGCAGCCAUAUUGGUGUGCCUUGGUGCCUGAAAUGGGCCCCUCGCCGGGCCAUGUUAGCUGCAGCCUCAACUGUUCUCACGUUUUGGAUUCCCAAUAACGAUUCAAAGCUGAAAACUGAGUAUGGUGGUACGGACGCUGAAGCUGGAGCUCAACCCCAACCACUUCUCCAUUGAACUGAAUACGCUCUUCCUCUCCCAAAAUACAAUUUUUGGUUGGUGCAUCAAGAAAUUAACUAUGGUGUUGUGAAUUUGGCUAGCUUCCUAGUUUGCUUAAAUUUAUAUCAAAAUUUUGAGGAUGCGUUAAGAUGUUGUCAAUUGUAAAUUCCAUCAUUGAAUGUCAUUUACUUCAAAUUUCCAGCGACAUUGAGUGUUCUUUAAUAGUCAGACAAAUUUAGUUUUUUUUUUUUUUUCCUUGUUAUUUUUAUA